AAAUCUAAUGGAACUAAUGCAAGUGAACGCUUAAGGCGACAGUAUAAUUCUAACAAUUAUCGGUGGAACAUGAAUUUCAAAUUUUCAACAACAACAUUUAUAAUUUUAAUAGCGAUCGGUCUAGAACAGGUCAUCUCAGCUGAAGCUGCUCAACAAUCAGCUUACAUUAAUAACAGCGAAGAUGAAAGUAAAUUGAUUGCACAAUUCUACAAUUAUGUGGAUAUUAUAAUGAACAUUAAACUGGACAAUAUGCUGAAGAUGACUCAAGAGUUUACGGAUAGACUAUUGGAUUCCAUACCCCUUGGGGAACGAGGCAAUACAGCCGAAUUGUUGCAUCAAUAUCGAGUCAACUCCCAGAGGCUGAGGGAUGAGGGUGGCAGCAUACAAGACAAGGAGAAUUUAUUAAUGGAAUUGCAGCAGCUGAUUGCCACCAUUAAAUCCGGUUUGGCCAAACAGGAAAGAGAGGAUAUUAUUUUGCGUCGUGGUUUGUUGGGCAUGUUUGAGUUGUUGGCCCGUCUCUCUAUAGAGGAGCGCAAAUGCAAUAAUAAAUUUUCCAAGGCAGCCAGAUUAUUACGUCAACGCUUCUCAGAGCAGGGCAUACAACGUCAUGGAGAACUUUUUGAAUUGUUGCAGGAACUCAAUGAUGAACAUGACAUUGUACACAGAGAGAAAUUAUUUGCACGUUUUAAGGAAUUAAAAGCCAAUGAAAUAUGAAAUGUUUAAACACACAAACACAAUAUAUUUAUUCAAUAUUUAUGAAAUAUAUAAUUAAAUAGAUAAAAAAAACUAACUAAGUUUGCAUGUAUAAAUCCAUAAA